AACAGAGUGCAAACAGAGGCAAUAUUUCACUCUACUAAGCAUUCCCGUAAAUCAUUUGUUUUAACGUGUCCACAAAAUUCAUAAGCAUUCUGUCUCUUUGAACUCUUGUGUUACAAAUCUAGUGCUACAAAAUGGCACCCGUCUAUAAAGUCAUUCUAGAUCAACCAGCUCAAAGCGAUUCCGAAAGCGAGUAUGAAAUGAUACGUGAUGAUGAAUCGAUAGAGGUUCUGGAUGAGCCGGGAGCCAGUACGGAUGAUUCCCGGGAUUCCAGUGUGAGUUUUUUGGCUGAAAGUGAUGGACAAGACGAUACCGAUUCAAGCGAUAGUGAGAGUGGGCCCGUAAUCAGUGACAGUGACGUUAGAGUAGAUCCAGAAGAAUCUGAUCAAACGGACACAGGUAGCAUUGACACAAAAACUGGUCAAGCAACCGGCGAUAGUGGUGCUGGAACAGACCCAGAAGAAUCAGAGCAAACGGACACAGGCAACACGGAGACGAAAACUGGACAAGCAACCGGUGAUAGUGGCGUUGGGACAGACCCUGAAGAAUCUGAGCAAACGGACGCAGUUAGCAUUCAAACGAAGACUGGAGAAGCAACCGGCAAUAGUGGGGUUCUUACAGACCCUGAAGAAUCUGAGGAAACGGACGCUUCAACCGGUGAAGAAAGUGAAGAUAUUACUGGAGAAGUAGUCGAGUUGAUUGAUGAUCAAGAAAAAAAUGUUCACGAGAAUCAAAAGGAAGCUAACAAUGGUAUAGAAAACCAAGAACAAGACAACCUAGAGGAAGAUAGUGGAACAAACAAUGGUGCAGAAGGGUCGUCUCCUAAACCAGCAAAUUCUGUCGAUUCAGAAGGAUAUCCUACUAAUGAGAACGUUGGUGACAUCCCUGCUGAAGUCCAAGGUGCUGUUGAAGAAAUUAUUUCAGAAGUGAUUGACAAACUUGCUGUUGUGAAAUUAGCCCAGCAAUUGGAAACUGAUGAUGCUGCUACCCCACGGUUCACAGACACAAAGAGCCAGCACAAGAAAGAGGAUGAAUUCGAAUCGGAAAACGCCAUCGUGGAGGCUAUUGAACUGGACACGGGGAAUAAAAUGGAACUAAAAUGUCUGGACGAGAUUGGAAUCAUCCGGUCUGAUCGGCAGUACAUCAAGAAAAAAGCUCCAAUGCGCAAGAGAAUUGACCAACUGGGGUUUUCAGCAAGACUUAUUCACAGCAAUUUAGAUAUUAAACUACACAACGAAGGGUGCCUGAUGACGGCGGAUGAUAAUUUUCUAGCUAAAGUGCGAAUCCUUGACUCGGACCUCUUGGGUCAAACCAACGAUUUCGACAAAGCGAAAAAGGUUCUACUUCAGAAACUUCAGGUUGUUCAUGUUAUGCAGGAUGAUCUAAUGACUGAAAAAAUGACUCAGGAAAAAAUAAUGCUUAAGGCGAUUGAAACUGCCUUGAAGGAUUCUAUAAGACAUGGAAAGUCAGCAGUGGAUUUUAUUCCGUUGGCCUAUAUGAUGAACACUCACGGCAAAUUAGAUUUCUGCAAAUUGUGUGAAAAGAUAAAAUAUAACCACUGUGUAAGUCAAGAACUACGUCAGACGGCUACAUUAUUUUUGCAGGCUGAAACACGAUGUAAUACAAGAGGUACUGCAUUAGCACGUUUUGGUUAUCGCCAACCAGUAACAAAUAAAGCCGAUUUGUUGGAUCAAUUGAAAACAAUGUUAUCUGAAUACGGUACAGCCUACAGGAAACAACUAUUGGAAAAAGCCCCGAUCUGUUUAUAUCAAACUCUCAGCAAUAUCAGUAACGAUCGAAUCAUGUUCGUUCAAAGCAGUGAUGUUAAACUAUUCUCUGAUUUGGCAGGAGUUUUGGAUGAAAAAAUGUUCCAGAAACCUUUGGCAGAUCUUGCCACUCGUUGGACCACCCACGUAGCCAAAAUUAAAUUUACCAAACUUCUUUUAGUUGAACCCCAAACCAAUCCGAUCUUUUACUUUUUGGCUAAAAGCUUGGAAGAUUUGAUAAUUGAAAUCACCAGCAGAACAGAUCAUACCAUAGAGGAUCUACUAAUUAGUAAUCAUACUGGAUGGCAUCCGAUUAAAAAGAUCACUUGGAAAUCGGAAAACGUUUUAACAAAGUGUCUAGAACGAGAAUAUUUCUUCAUUUUCAAACUCUUGAAACAUUUCGAUUUGGGUUUCAGUAAUGAAAAGAAGCCGUUCGAAUAUGACGUAAAAUUGUUUGAAGGACCGAAGCAACGGUCCACCUGGAGACAACUCGUGAAUGACACGAAGAAAUUUUUCGGUUACGCGACGGCAAAUGGCAAUUCACUUAAAAUUGCUGAUGAGAAGUACGUCUGGUAUUGUCUACUCGACGAUGUUUUGUAUCAUAUUCUUCCAGCUGACUAUAAGUUCGAUAGCUUCGAGCAAAUCAUUCAGAAUUAUAUCAACUUUUUAAAUAAGGCUGGUCGCGGUCAAUUGGAGACACUUCGUGUUAUGACUCACAAUACGGCUCGUUUCAUUGUACAAACUAUGUCCUACGUGAUUCAAAAAGACAACGCUUCUAUUGACGGGCAAAUUCUACAAAAACAACUGGAUCUAAUCAAUGAAAAAACCAUUAAACAUUCUCUCACAUCGAAUAGCUUCCGAGAUUUAGUGGACGUAUUCAACAUUUAUUGGAAAAACAGAGACGAUAUUAUAGGCAGCAUUUCUUUCAAAAUUCGUCUUCCACAGAUGGAGUCAUUGAAGAUGACUUUGCUGGAAAUUGUUUCAGUUGCAUUGGAGAAAAAUGUUACCCCGGACGCGACGGUAUCGUUCUUCAGAACAUACAGCGAUCUCUUGGCGGAUUUAAACGAUGUCCAAUUUGAUUGGUACGUUAAAGCUUUUCCCGAUGUUAGCAUGGGCCCAAUGGUUGAUCUAAAAUUGAUUAAACUAAUGGACAACAAAUGGGCUAACACAGAUAAUCGAACCUACUCUGUCGAAGCAGUGGAAAAGUUUGCUAAAACAGUGCCGGUGCUUUUUGACAAUCAUCCGUGUCCAAAGCAUUAUGUCCUUGAAAUAUUGCUAACCAUGCUGUCGCUCAUAAAAAAUCAGCUGCAGAAAACAAAAUGGAGCUCCGAACUGGAGUUGUCCGAAAUGGUACAAAUUAACACAACCAAUGAAUUGAUCUUUGCCGUACGAAACUCGUUUUUAUAUCUCAAGGAACAGUCCGAGUAUGUGUCAUUUGAGAUGUUUUUCGACGAACGGGUUAAACCCUUUGUCAGCGCUGUAGACAAUAGUAGCUGCCAUCGCGACUUUACAAAUCGAAUCUAUCUGAUCAAAGAGUCGUUUUGGUACAUUCGGAAGCAAAACGAAAUGGACAUCGAUAAAGCUUUGGAGCUGUUCGCUGGCUUGAACGAAGGAUUUGAAACGGAAGUGCUGCGUUCGGCUUAUCAGAAAUAUUCCGAUGCUUUUCAGAAGUUCAUGGAAAUGUCUAGUGAUGUUUCAGAAAUUACUGCAAAGGCAAAUCACAUUGUAAACCAAGUAAAAGAAAUCACGUUCGUCAAGCCACAUCAGACCUGGAAUAGUAACGACAAAUUAGAAAAAAUACCGGAAAUUCUGGCAGGAUUGGCCGCUGUGUGGUCAAUUCUAGUAUCCAAAGAUGUGUCUAGUACUGGAAAGUAUUUGACUCCUCAUUGUAUUCAGGCCCUAUGCAUUUUAAGAAUGUUGAGCAUUGAUCGGGCGGCCGAUGGCGUAGUUAACCAUCUAUCUCAGGUACUGACUGGCCAGGGUAAAUCGCUGGUGCUGGGUUUAACUGCUGCUUUAUUGGCCUUGACCGGUCACAAACCUCGUAUAGUAUGCUACAACAGAUACCUAGUGAAGAGAGAUCGACAUGACUUCGAACAUUUUAUUUCCUUGUUUGAUCUGAGCGAUUCAAUCAUUUACAGCACAUUUGAGGACAUGGCGAACGAUCUGAUCGCUCCUGUCAUUAAUGGUGAACGCAUGGGACUACGGAGUUUAAUAGAACAGAUGCUAUUGGGAAACGAUCAACCAAACAAAAAUGAAUUAGUCGCUGAGGAUAUGCGUCAAUCGGUUCUUCUGAUUGAUGAAGUGGAUGUUUUCUUUACCUCUCAAUUCUAUGGAAGCCAAUAUUAUCCUGCUGUUCGGCUCAUGUUACCAGGAUUGGAUUUGAUACAGCAGAAAAUAUGGAACAUAGUAUCUCAACGCAAAUGCAUGAGUAUCGAAGGGAUCGUAAAAGAUAUCUAUUCUUAUAUCAAUUCGGAGGAAAUGAAAAAACAAAAACAGUUCUACAACUUUAUUAACGAUGGAAAAUACUACCAAACUUUGGCGUGGCGUCAAAAACAUGUAAACACCAACAAGCUAACCAACAAACAACUUUUCGACGAACAUCUGAAGGAAAUGAUUGAGUGCGCCUUGGCGGUGUCCACUUUGUCGACUGACACAUGGCAUGACUACAAACUCAGUGCACGCAGUACCAUCCUUUGCAAACAGGACGGCAGAUUCGAAAACUAUCACUUAAACAGUUAUUAUCCAGUAUUCAAUUAUUUCCGUCUGCGUGGUUCUAAUUUUAAUAUCAAGGUAGGACAGGAAACCAACUACGGUUACUUUAACUUGAGCUCUGGGUCAAUCUCUUACGCGAUCCUGCCGAAGAAUUAUCCUCUGAUCCUGGGUGUCUCUGGUACACUUGCUGACCUCAACCAGUAUGAAAAACACUCCAUUAAAAAUCUGUAUAAUGUCAAGGAUAUGUCGCUGAUGCCGACUUAUUUCGGUGGUUCCAAUCUUGAUUUCCAUCAAUCAAUUGAUUUUCGUGUUUUAGGUAGCAUUGCGGAGUGGAAGACAGCAAUUUUUGCUCGAGUGAAUGCCAUCCUCGGAGCUCAAAGAUCUGUGCUUGUAUUUUUCCAAUCCGAUUUGCUGUUAAAUAGUUUCCGCGACGAAUAUUGCAGCCAGUUCGAUAGAUUGAAUGUGCUGACGGAGAAUACAGAACAGCCACUAAUGAAUCAAUAUAUUGAUGAAGCAGGCGUGGCUAAAACCAUUACCUUGGCGACAUCCGCCAUGGGACGUGGCGUCGAUUAUAAGUCUAGCGUUGCAAUCGAAAAGCACGGUGGGCUGCAUGUAAUUCAGACGUUUUUCUCGCUCGAUGUCAAGGAAGAAACACAAAUUAAAGGUCGAACUGCCAGGAAGGACAACCACGGCAGCUACGAAUUGAUAACCUGUAAAGCGCAUCUGGAUAGCGCCGGUUUCUGGGGGCACAAUUUAAAUUACCGUAGCCUCCACGAGGCCCGACUGGCACGAGCAUCUAAGGACAAUGAACGAAUUUUGAAUACUAUCAACGAGUGUCAACAAAAUCACGAUGCAACUAUGAACUAUAUGAAAUCAUUCUUCAAACACUAGAGAUAAAUAAUUUCAAAGAUAUCGAGUACCAUUUAUCAUUAUUUUAUCAAAUAAAUUCUUUUGUAACAAAACGUUAUAUUAUUUCACAAAACAUUUUUUCACUUAAUUUGCCUUUGUUACUGUUUGAGAAUUUUUGCAUUUUGGCGAAUUGCCGUAUUGAGUUAGAAAGUCCUGAUUUAUAUUUAUAAGAACAAAUCUGUCGCUAUUCGCGACUCUGACAAGUUAUGUAGGACGAACAUAGAAAUGAACCAGCGGAUUAAGUACAGAUAUGAUUUGAAAUCAUAAAAAAAAACAGAAAGCGCAAAAACAGACUCAGAUCAUCGUGCAACAUCGUGAUACAUAGACGGGUCGAAAACUGUAGGACAGCUGCAUUUUGAUGGACGCCAAAAAUACACCAAUUUGUCACCAAAUCCAAUUACGGCCAACUAGACGUUUCGAAAAAUUUGUGUUUGAAUAAGGGCCUUAUGCUCGUUAAAACAAUCUUGAAUCUAAUUACAAAAGUAUAGAAUAGAAACAUAUAUGUAUAAAAAAAAUC